UCCCUCUUAUCCUCUUCCUCCUCCUCAGCUAUCAUCGCCCCACUUCUAGCUUCACCCAUGGCGGCCGCUCCAGUGCUCAAGCCCGCCAUAUCCGGCCUCUAUCUCGCAAAUCUCUCAGCUCCCUUCGGAUCCAAGUCCUCCUCCCACUCUCUCAUUCCCUUCCCCGCAAAACCUACUUGUUUCCUCCGACUCUCCUGCUCUUCUUCCCGGCUUUGCCUAGCAAAAAGAAAGGUUCCUUCGGUGGUUUCUUUCGUAGCCCGGACCUCCGAUUGGGCGCGCCAGGAUGAGGAGGAGGAGAUUGGCGACGAGGAAGAGGACAUCGAGUGGGAAGGCGAGAAUGAAGGGUUUGGGUUGCUGGACGGGGAAGGGCCGGAGGAUGGGUUUUCGGAAUGGGAAGGGGGGAAUCGAGGAGUGAAGGGGGGUGUGGAUGCGGUGAUAGCUGGGGGCGAUAAGGGAAUUAAUGAGGGGGAUUUGGAGGAGGAAGGGGAUGAUUCUUUCCCCGAGCCUCCAGAGGAAGCUAAGCUCUUCGUGGGGAAUCUGCCUUAUGAUGUGGAUAGCGAGAAGCUAGCUCAUUUGUUCGAGAAGGCUGGGAUCGUUGAGGUUGCUGAGGUAAAUUUGCUAACUUGAGUUAAUUUUCUUUUUCUUUGAUCU